AGGGUGGGGGGAAUUCUCCUGGCUGGAACGUGCGAAGCAGCGCGGCUGAAUUGUAUCCAGUCUCGUUGCUAUCCUGGUCACCCGCAGUGGCCAAACCACUGUAAUUUUAUAUCUCCAGAGCCAUCUUCUGCCUGCCCCCUUUCUUUUCAAUUGCUGCCCAUGAUGAAGAAAAACCUACGGAAAAACCAGGACGAACGUUACCGCCUGAAGUUUCAGCGUCUUUGUCGCGUGGCCAAGGUGCUGGUUUACGAGAAUGCAGCCUUGUGCGAUGAGAUUGCCCGGCUGGAGGCCAAAUACCUGCAGGUACGUGAGGAGCGCCGUUUCCUGCUUACUCGCCUGUUGCAGGCACAAGCCUUGGCUGAGGAUGAAUCUCCUAUGCCGGCUGCGGCAGCCAGCCUGCAACCUUCCCCAGAUGAACCACCUGCUCGCAAAGCACGCCGGGAACGGAAAGGCAAAGAGAAUGGCCGAGCAUCCAAACGCAGGGCACCCUUGGAGCUGGGCAUCCGCCGGCUGGUCCCCCCGCUUCCUUUGGAUCCUGCCGGACGGCCAAUUUUUCCUAUCACUUUAGGCCCACUGACCGUCUACAGUCUGGGUGAGAUCAUCUCUGACCGUCCUGGUUUCCAUACAGAGAAUGCCAUCUACCCUGUGGGGUAUUGCAGUACCAGAGUUUUUGCCAGCACCCGCAGGCCAACUCACCGCUGUUUGUACACCUGCCAAAUCAAGGACGGUGGCACCGGGCCACACUUUGAAAUUGCCCCUGAAGACGAACUGGGGGUUGUAAUAACAGGAUCCACCCCGGAUGCCUGCCAUGGUCAGCUGUUGGAAGCAGUGGGGGCUGGCCAGCUCGAGCCAGUAGGGGCUGAAUUCUUUGGGCUGUCACACCCCGCAAUCCAACACCUCAUCCAGAGCUGCCCGGGAGCACAUAAGUGUGCUGGGUACCGCUGGUGCCGCUUUGAAGUCUGUCGCCCAAAUGAUGGACCCCCUCCUGAGGGGCUGUCUCCAAGGAAUCCAGGCACUGAUUUUGAGGCAUUCCAGAGUCAAGGUUUGGCCGGGCCUCUGAAUCUAGAUUUCCCUGCGGCUUCUCCUUCUUCACCCAGUGGAAACGGCUAUACUGAACUUUUUCUACCUUGUGCUACUUCGGCUGGGUCCCCCCUCCCUCCGAGUCCAGAAACUGACCCUGAUUGAGAACAGCCAGAAGGCAGCUGCUUUCCAGGUGCUCUAUCCUUUCUUUCUAGCUCCUCUGUGUGGAGAAUAGUAUUGCCUAAUGUCACUAGAAUGGGCUUGAUUGAAAUUUUCAGAGUUGUUUUUCUUUACCUUUCGGUUUAUAGUGGCUCCAAGCACCCACUUUAUUUCUUAAGCUUUCAACAGGGACAGCAUGAAUAGAAGUAAUUUAAACACUACUAAAUUGGGGGAGAUCGGGGCUUUUAAAAGGGGCUAUGGAAUUUUUCAACUCAUGAGGUUCACAAAGCUUUGGAGCCGUAAACCCUCCACCCAAAAAAAAUAAAAAAAAAAUAUGAGAUUGCUUCAUUUUGCAAAAUCAUUGAUAUUGUGGCUUUAUUUUGGAGGCAGCAACUCUCAUUUCCAGUUCACUUAUCCUGGAGCAGCAUUUGCUCUGUAGAGCAGCUACAGAAGAUCUUGACUUUGUCAUUAGCUCAUCCAAAGUGGGAACCAGUCUGGAGAACAGUUCAGCUUCUUGUACAGAAAUUCAUGUGCUGAAGCGUUUUUAAACCACACUCCCAUUCUGCCUGAAUAAACAAGCUGUUGGCUUGUCCAGGUGUACCAGGAGCAAGGACUGUUACACGUUCAUAAGUUCCCUUCCGAAUUUGCUACUUUCUAUAGCAGGGAUGGGCAACUAUGGCCCCUUUAUGACCUAUGGCAAGUUCAGGAAUUCUGGGAGUUGAAGUCCACAAGUCAUAAAGGAGCCAUAGUUGCCUACCUCCCUGCUCUACAAGUAAUCCUCACUUAAAAACCCUAACCGGGACCGGAAUUUCAAUUGCUAAGUGAUGUGGCUGUUAGGCAAAACAUCACAUGACCACACCACUUAGCAAUGGAAUUGUUCAUAGUCCUAGUUGCAGGUCAUUAAGUGAGGACUGUACACUUUUCCUGCCUUGCUGUACUCGCCUCCACUUCAACUCCUCCCUGCCAUCUAUCUCACCCCAAUCACUGCCUUUCUAGACACCCUGUACUCCACUGCUUGUCCCUGCUGCCCCAGCUGACUGCUGUCUUCCUCCCACUGCCAAAGACAGCUGCUUCGCAUGGCAGCUGCUGAGAGACCACAGGGAGAAGAGAAGCAGAGGAAAGCCGAAAGGGCAGAGAUGGGAGAUGGAGGAAACUAAAGUGCACCCUGAGAUCAUAAAUGCAAGUCGGCUGCCAAAUAAUUUUGAUCAUGUGAACGCAGGGAUGCUGGAGUGGCCAUAACUUCAAGAACUUGGCAUAAAUAUUCAUUUAACACCAUUGGAACUUUGAACUAUCACUGAAUGAAUGGUUGUUAAGUGAGGACUACUGGUAAUAUUUGUUUGUGACUCUGCAGGAAGUUACAGUUCAGUCUGAGAAUCCUAUUUUAAGCCAAUACAUCCAGUGAUAUAAAUUAUAACAUCUGAAGUCAGGGAAAGUAUACAACAGUUCAUGUUCCAAUAGUAGAAACUGAACCUUCAUUUUGAUCCCAAACAGCCAAAGAAUUACUCAGGAACCAUGUGAGAUGAGAUGAGAUGAGAUGAGAUGAGAUGAGAUGGAAUGCAUGUAGCCUGUAGUUUACUAACCCCUGGAUUAGAGUCGGGCAUGCCGGGGUUUAAAAAAAACCCCCAACCCUCUGGCUAUUAAGUGAACAUCUAUUCUCUUUGUUGAGUUUUCUUGCAUCUGGGCUGGCAAUUGGUGUCAAAAUAUUUCCAUUAUAGCCUGAUUGAAAAGGUAAUAUUGUUAGAUCAUGUCUUGUGUUCAGUUUGGACAUCAAUUAACCUGUAGAAAUUAUAGUGGGUAUAUUUAUUCUUUCACCCAGAAUCUUGAAGUGAGUGUAUCAAAGAAAAACAGUUUUUGUAAAUUGUGUGUGUGAUGCUCAUUAGGCAAAGAUACAAUCAACCUCAUGCUAAUAUUGUGUUAAGGUACCUUCUUCUUGUAACUGAGUAUUGUAAUCCCCCUUCCUGUGCCGUUUGUAAUGUAUGAAUGCUAAUAGAUUAGCAAUUAAAUUACAAGUGUUCCUAUAAUUUUUCCAUUGUAUAUUAGGAAAAAAAGGUAGAACAUUUCAAAGUAAACCAGAAGCACAUCUAUUGAGGAACACCGGUGGUUAUAGAGCUUCCAAAAUCAUACACAAAAUCAAGCACAUGACUGAUAUGUAUUAUCAUGAUUUUUUUCCUCCUGUUAUUGAUUUUUCUUAGUAUAUUAAAGAAAAUUAUCCAGAA